AUGAAUGUACCAUUAGCGUUGGUUGAUUAUGAUUCCUCGGCUGAAAAUUCAGAUUCGAAAGAGGAAAAUGAAGUUAGAAAAUUUAGUAGUGGAAAGCGUGGUAGAGGUCAAGAAGAGGAAGAAGAGGAAAACAAAGAGUUAAGAAGAAAGAAACAAGUUGCAAAACAAGACCUUCCGCCAUUACCAAGCGAAUUCUUGGAAUUAUUUACAGUAGAAAGGAAAAAAGAAAUCGAUGAUACUAACAAGCACGAGGGUCGGAUAAGAACUGUUCCACAUGUCGAAGGAAAUUGGGCGACGCAUGUUUUCGUCGAAAUGAAAAUCGAUAGAGGUUUUGACGAUAUAAUACAAAAAAUCAAGAAUAAGGCACAGAAUGUUAUCUCUCAAGAAGGACGAGAUUUUAAAAUUUAUUCUUGUAUUGAAAGAGAUGAGGAUAAAAGAAAGAUUGAGGAGGAAAAUCUUGAGUCAAAGUCACCUGGAGAAAAUGAAAUUGAUAUUCUCGAUUCUUCUUCAAAUUAUCCGUCAUAUACUCUUUACGAAGCAGCAGCAACUGAUGAUGCUGACACAAGAUCGUUACACAUAAGUCUAUCACGACCGAUUUUCUUAAAGUACCAUCAGAUCAAAAGUUUCUGGGAAAAAAUACGGAACGCGAUCGAGCACUUUGUCAACGAUGAAAAAACACGUUCCUUUUUGGCAUUGGAAGUCGGCAAAGGAUAUAAUGAGAUUCCGCGUUUUCACGCUAGCAUUCUCUGGUGGUCUCCAGGAGACACAGCAACAGCACUCUGCGAUUCAAUCAUUGCUGCUGCUGCGGCAUAUGGAGAUAAAAUACGCGAGGAAAUAUUUAUAAUAGAUAGUAUACGAUGUAAAAUUGGGAAUAAAGAAUUCACUCAAAAUUUAUUAUAA